UGGAAAAAAGGGAAUGAACCGUGAGGCUGUUCCUGGGAAAAGUCCGGAGGAGAUGUACAUUCAGCAGAAAGUGAGAGUCCUGCUAAUGCUUAGAAAGAUGGGAUCAAACUUAACCAGCAGCGAAGAGGAGUUCUUGCGGACGUACGCAGGCGUAGUGAAUAGCCAGCUUAGCCAGCUUCCUCAGCACUCUAUUGACCAAGGUGCCGAGGACGGCGUGAUGGCAUUUUCCAGAUCAGAGACCGAAGACAGAAGACAGUAACUGGACCGGCUCUUGGUGCUAUAUAUAUA